AUGCCGACUCUGUCGUCGAGCAGUCAGCAGGGAAUCCCCGUAAAGCAGGCUGGCAGUGGCAUUAUAUCUACUGGUGCAGGAUCAGACAGUAACGAUGGCGUUGGACCCAAACGCGCACUCAAACACGCCAUGACACUCUCGCAUUUCCCGUCGAACCGAAGCUUGAACAAAGUGGCGCCCGAGGAUGUCAUGCCUCCCCCGCCACCGACACGACAGCAGAAGGUGAUGGCGUUUGUCGAGCACAAGUACGUGAGCUCCUUCAUGACUGCCUGCACGAUCUUCGCGCUCUUUGGCGAUGACUUCCGGGUCAGUUUCUUCCCGAAAAGUGCCGACGAUCAUGUGUACAACGUGCUGUUUGCACUCUUCAUCUUCUUCUCCAUCGAGCUGGUCUGUAACGUGUACAGUCGUCCCAACUACUUCAACCACGGUCGAGGCUUUUCCUUUUACAUGGACUUGAUAUCGACGCUGUCUGUGAUCCCGGACGUCGACUGGAUCUGGUCCAAAGUCGUCGGGACGUCCAGUUCGACUAGUGCGUCGCAAGCUGCUGCACUCAAAGCAGGUCGAGCGUCUCGAGCAGGAACAAAAGCUGGUCGAAUAGUGCGUCUGGUGCGAUUGUUCCGAAUGUUACGUAUCCUGCGCGUCGUCAAGAAGAACAAGAACGGUGAGACCAAGAAGAUCGAGAUCUCGGAGCCGUCCAAGAUCGGAAAAGUGCUGACCGAGAAGACGACGAGGAGGCUGAUUGUGCUAGUGCUGCUGAUCAUCAUCGUGUCUCCGAUUAUCGACGGUACAGUGGACUUGACACAGGACGAUUUCCAGACGUCUCAGUUCGAACGACUGCAUCGCUACACACAGGACUACAACAAGACUGGAACCAUCACUAUGGAGCACAUGCGAAGCCUAGUCAACGAAUACGUACGCGAUUCCAACGGACUGAUCGUGCAGAUGGAACUCUCCAGUAUCGACAACGCACUGCUUAAGACAUGGCUACAAGAAGUCAAGUUUCAACCAUUGAAUAGCGACGAAAGCGACUGGCAGUUUGGGUUGAACCAAACGCUGUCCAAGAACCCGAAGACUGGAUGGUCAGCCUCGUAUCUCGUGGAUACUCCGACCGACAAAUAUCGCACUACAGAGAUCACGACAGUGGACAAUCUGGGCUGCUACGUCGACGACAUUUGUGUCGACUGCGACGCCGCUAGUGGCACGAGUCGGUGCCAUUCAGCUGUCACGUACGACAUCUCGUCGUAUACCAGAGGCGCAGCCAACUUGAACAUCGGCAAGACGAUCGUUGUGAUGAUUUGUUUCGCUGUAUCCAUCUUCGUGUUGACCAAGGACGCCGAGUCAAUGGUUAUCGGUCCGAUUGAACGCAUGAUGCGGCUUGUUACUCAACUCGCACAAAAUCCUCUGGGAUCUACCGAAGCCAAGCGCGAGGAAUACGAAGACGACGUACCGAAUGGCACGGACUACGAGACCAAAAUGCUCGAAGAUACACUCAGUAAGAUCGGUCGUUUACUACAGGUGGGCUUCGGUGCUGCUGGUACUGAGAUCAUAGCGAAAAACAUGGGAGGGGCUGGCGACUUCGACGUGAUGAUUCCAGGCAAGAAGAUCACGUCAGUGUUUGGCUUUGGGAUCAUCGAACACUUUACCGAAACGUGUAGUAUCUUAGAAGAGGACGUCAUCACGUACAUCAAUACAAUCGCGGAGAUUGUACACGGUGACGCGAAGGUUUUCCAUGGCGCAGCGAACAAGAACAUUGGCUCAGCGUUUCUAUUGGCGUGGAAGAUCUGCGAUGGCUCGUUGCCUGGUAUGCGCGACCCGCGUGAUCCAGCGGACAAACCUCGGAUGUUACCGGCCGAAAAGACGAGGAAACGUGAUGGAAUUUACAUAAAGAGCGCUGGAUCGGGCACAGCAGUGCGACGUAUUGGCCCGACGGAGCUGGUUGACAGUGCUCUCACUGCUGUACUGAAGAUGCGGGUGGAUAUUCACAAUGCCAACCAUCACGGUACAUUGCACAAGUACUGUACGAAUACCAAGCUGAUCGCUGCGUUCGAUAGCUUUGAGGUACAUCUAGGCUUCGGACUGCAUAUUGGCUGGGCUAUUGAAGGCGCUAUUGGCUCGAGAUUCAAGAUUGACGCGUCGUAUCUGUCUCCGAACGUCAACAUGGCUGCACGUCUCGAGGCAGCUACAGGCCAAUUCGAUGUGCCGAUGCUUAUUUCUGAGUGGUUUGUGGACGAAUUAUCAGCUGAAGCUCGUCGAUUCUGCCGUAAAAUCGACCGAGUCGCUGUAAAAGGCAGCGAGAUCCCCAUGGACUUGUGGACGUUCGACAUUGGAAUGUAUCCAACUGAAGGGGUGAAGCCCGAGAUCAACGAGGAAGGGAGGCAAAAACCGGUUGAGUUCGGUGUUGACCCUAUCUACACCACUCUCCAGGAAGGCAUUCCUAGUGCCUUUUUCUCUAAUUUUCAUGAAGGCAUUGGUGCCUAUUUUGCCGGUAAAUGGGACGUCGCAAGGUCAAAACUCUCUGCUGCUAACCAGAUCUGGGAAGACGGACCCACUAACGUCGUACUGAAGGUCAUGGAGACGGAAGGACGGACAGAAGAGGGUGAGUUCAUGGCCCCUACAUGGUGGAAAGGCUAUCGACAACUUACAGAAAAAUAA